CAAAAUUUAAUUCCUGUAGUUGUUCAGUUUUACCUUUAUUUUUCUCGCAAUAGACGUUCAAAUUGAAGCUUACAAUUGUUUUUCAGGAACGUUAACCUACCUCAAUGAAUGGUACAAGUUCUUUAAAUUCAAGCAGCUCAAAUUUAGUAUAUUUUUCCUGUCAAAAACAUAUAACCAGAGCUCACGAAAAUUGGCAGAUGGAAACAUCGCGGUGGAAGUUCGUCGAGGAAUCCUCUGUAAGACGAAAAUUUGAUCCGUACAGUCAUUCCACACUAUCAACUCAAAAGAAAUUAAACAGAAUGAAAGAAACUGAACGCAUGCUUGAUGAGGCAAGAAAUGCAGAACUUUUGGAGAAAGUGGAGCAGUAUAAACAGAAAAGUGAACCAGAAAACAUUGAAACAAAAGCAGCAGUGAAAUCCUCGGGCAUGUCUGUCAAAAGGGAUACGGUGAAAAGUGAAAGCAUUGUCGAAACUUUAAAAAAGCUAAAGCCACAAGCAAAUCAUUACCUAAUGCUGGUAAACAAACUGGACGAAGAAGAGGGAAUCCGAACCCCUUCCAUGGAAGAUAAACUUAAUCUAGCUGAAGAUCGUCUGAGAGUUUCAACAAUGGAGUUUUGCAAAACAUAUCUUGAAUUAAUUUCAAUGAAAGAUGAUGAAAGAGUACAUAGAUCAACUCAGAAUUUUUUUAUAACACCAGAUGACAUCCAUAGUCUUUUUCGAAGCAAGAUAUUUGAUCCUAGCACACGACCACCAAGAACUACAUAUGCUAAAGAGUAUGAUAAGACAUACCCAAUGGAAAACCUGGAAAGUGAAAAACAGAUGAGCAAAAGAAAAUUAAGAAUAAUAAGAGAAAGGCAUAAACAAGGAUUCUACUUGCCAGCUAAAAUGUGGUUUGCCCCUGAAAAACAGAUGAGUGGCAUGACACAUGAGGAAGUAGAGUUGCUGAAUUCAACUGCAACAAGGGCUUUCUUGAAAUUCUUAGAGAAAAGAAAAAAAGGACCACCAAAGAUAUUGCAGUCUUUGAAGGAAAAACUGAUGAAAACUUAAAAGAAUGAAAGAAAAAGAAGCAUUUCCUAAAUGUUAAUAAUAGUUCAAAAAGCUUUUUAUUGUUUAACAUAAUAAAGUGUUCUCUAAUUUAUCACAUGGUAAACCAAUAUAAAUGAAGUUUCUUUUACAACAAAAGAUGUUUC